AUGAGAUCAUAUGUCACUGUGUUAAUUGAGAGAAGGGGCAGUGUUACAACAGCAGUGAGAAAGACAGAGAAAGAAUCAGACACAGACAAACUAGUCAGCAGAAGAGAUGACACCUCACUACAAGGCACAGUCACUACCACCGCAGCCGCCAGAGAUGCCAGAGAGAGAGAAGGUGUGACAAUGAAAGCAGUGCUCCCGCGGCUCAUUGACAUCAUCACCUCUGUCUUCAACCAGGCUUUCUUAACAGUCACAGAGACUGCAGCCGCAUCAUGA